AUGUCGUCCACCGGUGGACAAACUGGCGAGGCCAGGGAUGCGUCGAACAGUUUGUCGUCUUUCCUGUCGACCCUAGUACCCACAGCAAUUCUUGCUGGUGUCUUCGUUACCGCUUUCAUCGUUUUCCGCAAGUCCUUCCGACGAGUGUAUGCGCCGAGGACGUACCUCAACCAUCUGGGAGAGCAGCGACAAACGCCAGCACCGAGUGGGGGCCUGUUCGGAUGGAUCAAAGACUUCAAAAACCUCAAGGAUGAGUACAUUCUGGAUCAUCAGUCGAUCGACGGCUAUCUCUUCGUGCGCUUUUUCAAGAUGAUGAUUGUGUUGAGCUUCUUGGGCGCGUGCAUCACUUGGCCUGUUCUGUUCCCAGUCAACGCAACUGGCGGUGCUGGACAGAAACAGUUUGACAUGCUUUCGUUCAGUAAUGUCUCGACGGAUGGCACUAAUAUCAAUCGCUACUAUGCGCACGCCAUCAUAGCUGCCAUCUUCCUGAGUCUCGUCAUGGUCAUUAUUGCGCGCGAGUCCUUUUACACCGUCAAUCUUCGUCAAGCAUACCGCCGAUCGCCAUGGGGCGCCAGCCGCCUCUCAGCGCGCACAAUUCUCUUCACCAACGUACCAAAGACACUCUCCCAGAGCGCCCUGUUCGAGAUGUUCCCUGGUGUUAAGCAUGCUUGGGUUGCGUCUGACACCAAGGAGCUUGAAGACCUCGUCGAGGACCGCGACAAGACCGCUCUCAAGUUCGAAGCUGGCGAAGUCAAGCUUUUGACGAACGCGAACAAGGAGAGGAUGAAGGCUGAGAAGGGCAAGAAGCACUUUGUCGACGAAAACGCGCAGGACGGCACUAAGUGGCUCAACCCCAAGGACCGCCCUACCCACAAGCUCAAGUUUCUCAUCGGCAAGAAGGUCGACACCAUCGAAUACGGCCGCCAGCACUUGGCUGAGCUUAUUCCCAAGAUCACUGCUGAGCAGGAUAAGCACUGGAAUGGUCAGGGCGAGCUCGUCGGCGCCGUCUUCAUUGAGUUUGACACUCAGAGGCGCGCUCAGGACGCAUGGCAGAUGAUGCAGAGCCGCAAGACCAAGCCGAACUCCAAGAUGGCUGCUCGUCAGCUCGGUGUCAUGCCGCAAGAAGUUGUCUGGCAGAAUCUGAAGAUUGGUACAUCCCAACACCUUAUUCGAUGGGCUAUUGCUACCGCCAUCAUCGCCGUCAUGAUCAUCUUUUUCGCUGUUCCCGUCGCUUUCGUUGGUUUGAUCUCCAACAUCAACUACUUGGCGGAGCGAUUCACGUGGUUGUCUUGGAUCCUUGACAUUCCCAAGGUCAUUCUUGGUGUUGUCACCGGUCUUCUGCCCACAGUCAUGCUCGCUGUCUUAAUGGCAUUGGUACCUAUCUUCUGCCGUCUCAUGGCCAAGCUUGCCGGUUACGUCACCUGGAGCCAGAUUGAAUUGAAGACCCAGAGCUGGUACUUUGUUUUCCAGGUCGUACAGGUCUUCCUCGUUGCUACACUCUCCAGCGCCAUCACUUCGGUGAUCAACCAGGUUCUUGAUAACCCCGGCUCAGUUCUGUCACUCUUGGCGGAAAACCUUCCCAAGGCCUCCAACUUUUAUAUCAGUUACUUUGUCUUGCUGGGUCUCUCAUCGGCUGCCGGUACACUUCUCAACAUUGGCGGGUUUGUCGUGGUUAUUCUCCUCGGUCGCAUCCUCCCUGGAAAGACACCUCGCAAGAUCUUCGACCAGCUUACCAAACUCUCGGCUCCUGCUUGGGGUUCCGAGUUCCCCAAGUGGUGCAACUUGGGUGUCAUUGCCAUUACCUAUGCUGGUAUCGCCCCUCUGAUCCUGGGCUUCGCCACGGUCGGCUUCACUCUCGUUUACAUCGCCUACCGCUACAACUUCCUCUACGUGUACGAGACUAACAUCGAUACCAAGGGUGAAGCUUACCAGAAGGCGUUGAAGCAGCUGCUCACCGGUGUCUUCCUCUCCGAAAUUUGCUUGAUCGGCCUUUUCGCCCUCUCAACGGCUAACAACACAUACGCUGCCGGUCCUCUGGCUAUCAUGUGCGUUAUGCUAGCGAUCACUCUCAUUUUCACCGUCUCGCUCGGCACAGCCAUCAAGCACGAGGAGGCCCGCCUGGCUUACACUGACCCCACACCCAACAAUGGUCAAGUUGAGGAUGGUCACCGCGAUGAGAGCCGUGAGAAGUCUGACUCUGCACCCUUGAACAGCGGUGCCAGCACCAACUACGCCCCCAAGGCGUCUCGCAUUCCCGGCUUUCUCAGGAAGAUCGUCAAUCCCGAACGUAACUCGCUCAGCACGCUCUACACUACGUUGGACCAGUACUAUCACCAGCCUCAGGAGCCACUGCCUAUCGAGAUCCAGAAACGCGCUUUCUUCAAUCCUGCCGUCACAUCACCCACACCAGUCAUUUGGAUCGUCCACGACGAGAUGGGUAUCAGCCAGCGUGAAAUCAGGGACACAAACAAGGCUUGCUCUGAGCUGCAAAUCACAGAUGAGCAGGCUAUCUUCGAUGAGAAGGGCAAGGUUUACUGGAAGGGUGUCGAGGAUGGACGCGCCAGAGAGGCCCCUGUCUUCGAUGAGCGUAUCCUAUACUAG